AUGAACCUUCGCGGAGGCAACGUGUCGGAGCUCAUCUCCAACACGGUCCGAGCGGUCACCUCCCUGGAGUCCAACCCCUGGCCUCCGCGUGGGCCCGAGGAAGGCCGGAUGGGCAACGCCACCAGCCCGGGGUGUCACAGCGUCGACUCGCGCCCGGGCAACUGGUCGCACCACCUCGGCGUCGGGGGCGCGUUCGGGUGUCCGCCCUCGGCGCCGCCGGCGGAGAAGAACUGGGCGGCGCUGCUGAUCCUGGUGGUCAUCGCCGUCACGGUGAUGGGGAACAUCCUGGUCAUCCUGGCCGUCUCCCUGGAGAAGAAGCUGCAGAACGCCACCAACUACUUCCUGAUGUCGCUGGCGGUCGCCGACAUGCUCCUCGGCAUCUUGGUCAUGCCGGUUUCCAUGGUGACCAUCCUCUACGAUUACGGGUGGCCCCUGCCCUCCAAUCUUUGUCCCAUCUGGAUCUAUCUGGACGUUCUGUUCUCCACGGCGUCCAUCAUGCACCUCUGCGCCAUCUCCCUGGAUCGGUACAUCGCCAUACGGAACCCGAUCCACCACAGCCGCUUCAACUCGCACACCAAGGCCCGCAUCAAGAUCAUGGCGGUGUGGACCAUCUCAGUGGGGAUCUCGAUGCCGAUUCCAGUUCUGGGCCUCAGAGAUCACUCCAAGGUCUUCAAGGACGGCAGCUGCCUGCUGACAGACAACAACUUUGUGCUGGUGGGCUCCUUCGUGGCCUUCUUCGUCCCCCUCACCAUCAUGGUGGUCACCUACUUCCUGACCAUCAACGCCCUGCAGAACGAAGCCACCCUCUGCCUGGACCAGCUGGUGCCGCGGCCCAAAUGGAGCACCACGUUCACCCUGAGCUUCCUGCCGCAGACCUCGCUGUCCUCCGAGAAACUCUACCGACGCUCGAUUAGCCGCGAGGCCGGAGGCAGGGGCAGCAGCGGCGGGCUGGGCGGCGCCCGGGGCAGCGUCUCCGGCUCGCUGUUCGGACGCCGCAACAUGCAGUCGAUCAGCAACGAGCAGAAGGCGUCCAAGGUGCUCGGGGUGGUGUUUUUCCUCUUCGUGGUCAUGUGGUGCCCGUUCUUCAUCACCAACGUGCUGGUGGUGGUGUGCGACCCGGCGGUGUGUGACGCCGGGGUCAUGGGAGGCCUGCUGAACGUUUUCGUCUGGGUCGGAUACCUGUCGUCCGCCGUCAACCCGCUGGUCUACACGCUGUUCAACAAGACGUACCGCGCCGCCUUCCUGCGCUACGUCCGCUGCCAGUACCAGCCGGAGAAGAAGCCCCUGCAGCUCAUACUGGUGAACACCAUCCCCCCGCUGGCCUACAACUCCACCCAGCUGCCCCUCGGAGACGUCGGGAAGUUACGGAACGGGGCGGCGCACUCCGGCGGCGAGGAGAAGGAGUUCUCUUUACCCGGGCAGGAAACAGACAAGUGCAGGCAGGACAAAAGCCCCGGAGACAAAGACGAGAGCUGCGUGUGA